UUCAUCAUCGUACAAGAUGGCUGCGCCCAUGAGUUCAGAGACGGAUAGACAACAGUUGGGAUUUUCUGCAAAUUCUGAGCAACGGUCGCCGGGAUUUUGGCGUUCACAUGUUUAUAAAGAGGUGGAGAUAACGACAGUGGACGGGCGGAAACACCGAGGCUGGGUUUACACUGUAGAUCCUGUUUCUGAGAGUGUGGUCCUUGUCCAGUUUGAAGAGGACAGAAAGAAGACUGUUGAAAUGGUAAUGGGACAUGCUAUGAAGGGGAUAACCGUUGUCAAUGAGGACAUUGACAGUCACAAAGAGGAGCUGGAUCACAUGUUCAUCACUGCUGAUGACACAAGCUUUUCCAAACAGGACCUAGAAACCAGGCGUGAUGAACUGAAGCAGUGGCUGGAGAAAAACCGUCUUCCUGUCAAGGUUUCUGGCAAAGAGGGAGAACUUCUGAGUAUUUCUGAUGCCUUGGUGAUAGAGCCACCUUAUAGUGCUGAAAGCUGCAGGAGCACAAAUGAGAUUAUCCUGGGUAGAAUACAGGCCCUUAUCCGGUCAAAACCAACAUCAGGACAGUAACACAGCUUAUUCUUGAUUGGAUUUAUUUGAUACUUUGCUACAUCUAAACAUCCAGGUACUGAGCUUCAUUGAAGUGCAUUGACAACUGGAUGAUGUACAUUGUGAUAAUGUAUGGUUAGGUCAUUUAUCAUUACCGUUACAAUAUAGGACAUAUGUAGUUUGUACCAUUAAAUUUCUUUUUGUACAUGUAUAAUAAUCUGACUAGGAACAUUAUAAGGCACAUUAAGUUAAGCAGCAUUUCUGGAAGUUGACACAAAUUGCACAUAUUGACAACAUGAUACACUUGUUCUUGCUUCCUUACUUAAGAUUCCACAGCAAUAUUGUUCAUAUCACUCCUGACAGUUUAUAGCAAGCUCCCUUACAGCCUUGCAACAAUAUACUGUUGUUAGGAUCAUUCCUCUUCUUUUUCUUAUUUGCUGUAUGUGAAUAAUGAGUAUUCCAUGUUAUUACUUAACAAGCAAAGGGUCACAACAUAACUUUUCCAAUCAUGACAUUUCAUAAAGUGACUUUAUUGUGACAUUUGGAAGACACAAAGUUGUUAAUUGUAAUAGAGAUAGGCCAAUACAUUUAUACAGUAUAUAUGGUGGAAGCUUUGUAGUUUUACAGGAAAGCAUGUUGCUAGAAAAAAUGUAACUCUCCCAAAAUCAGAUUCCUUUCAGAUAUACACUUGGAAUGCACUAGCUUUUUCUUGACACUGUCAUGUUACAAAUUACAGCAUGGCUACAUAUGCUUAAAGGGGUACUCAAAGUUUUUUGGUUCUGCAUGCACAGAUAAUAUUUUCUUAAUAAAACAAAGUGGUA